AUGUGGUCGGUGUCUGGCACUGGCGCGCCGCACCACCGGCAGGGCGCCAGCUCCCUCCUGGUGCCCUCCUCCCUCGGCUGCGGCUGCUGCUGCGCCUCAUCGGCCGCCUGUGCGGCCCGCUGCGCCCUGUUGCUGUCCAGCGCCGCGGGGGACACGAAGGCGCCAGCCAGGAUCGGGAUGAUCAAGCCCGCCAUCGCGGCGAAGGUCCGCGCGGCGCACGACGAGGAGUCGCUGCGCAUCACGGGUGAAACCAAGGCCGUCAGGAACGUGGCCGAGCACGCGCUCUUUGGUGAAGGAGCGGAGGCCCUGCCGAAGGAUGGCAAGGAGGCGAAGCGGCGGCAGAGAGGCAGGCGCCGUGCAGGUGCAGCCCUCCGAGCAUCCGCCUGCAGCAGCCCAGGCUCCGACGAGGACAGCCGCGAGCUGGAGACGAAGCUCGAGGACGGCGACCAGAAGAAGAGGGACAAGGACAUGGUGAAGAAGGAGAGCAAGUACCACACGGAGGGCGACGAGAAGGGCGCCACCAAGGUUGCCGAGGAGAAAUGCGACCUCUUCGACUUCGUGAUGAAGAGGACGGUGGCGGCCCAGAACCUCCAGACCCAGCUGGAGGCGGUGGAGAAAGCCCAUGACGAGGCCAUUGAGAAGAUCGUCGACGGGGUACCCGGCGAGAAGCUUCAGGACUUCAUGGAGGGCUAG